UUCACUUGUGGCAUAAUUGGCACUUUAGCCACUCCACUUAUGACCAGACCACCUGGAGGAUCCGCAGAAUAUCGUUCAAUACGGCUCUGGCCCACCGGAAAUGAGCCCUCGAACGCGAUCCAGGAAGAGGGGGGGCGCGGUCUCCAACCUCAUCCUGAAUGCCAUCUCCUACAGCGGCCCGUCUGGCGUCACCUUGGCCGGCCUCAGGAGAGUCCUGAAGGCCAACGGCUACGAUGUGGUGCGCAACAGAGCCCGGCUCCGACUGGCCGUCCGCAGACUGGUGACCAGGAAGUACAUAGUGCGCACCAGGGGAAGACGUCUCAGGAUUAACCCCUACGGCCCUCGCAGGCGCAGAGGCGUUCGAUUGCUGAGGCGGCGAAGGAGGAGGCGGCGGAGAAGGCGGAGGACGAGACGCAGGAGAUAUAGGAGGAGACGCUCCAGGAGAAGAAGGCGCAGGAGGGCCACGCCCGGCCGCAGGAGGAGGAGGAGGAGGAGGGGGAGGAGGAGGAGGAGAAGGAGGAGAAGGAGGUCCGUGAGGAGGAGAAGGAGAAGGAGAUCAUUUCGGAGGAGUGUUUACUUUCUCAACUAA